AUGUACGUGGAUCGAUCAAGUAACGUUGCCCUGCUCAAGACAAUCGACAUUUCGUCAGCUCCUGGUCGUGAAAUUUGGGGCGAUGUUGGAGGCCAAGCGCUGCCAGAAGUCACAAUUGCAGCUUUCAAGCAGGUGGACGAGCUCAGUCAGACAGAAUUGGGCACUCAUCUCUUCAGACUGGGAGAAGACAACGCUAUGCAUGGAGUCUUUAGUGAGCUCCCAUGGAUACUCGAGCUUACGGCAGAUUUGGGUAAGUUUGGGACCCAUUUCGACCAUACCAUCAUCUAG